AUGAGUGCUCAAGUCUAUCGCCGCCGACGACCUGCGGUUGCUUGUAUCGAAUGCCGACGACGCAAAGUGAAAUGUGAUCGCUCCUUGCCCUGCGGCCCAUGUUGCAAUGCCUCACUGCUUUGUGGUUAUCGUAAUCCAUUGGCUCCGACUGAUCCCCGCGCGGGCCUGGCAGCCACCGAUCUGUCCACUGCAUCCGAGGAAUAUGGCGCCACUAACCUUAACACUACAAUCCACACGUCUACCACGUUGUUUAGCAGCGGUAGUGGUAUGCCGCUCUCCCUGUCCCCAUUAAUGUACACAAGCUCCGGGGAUGCGAGUAUGAACGAAUCAGUGGACCUCCCCGGACGCACCGUAUCCCACGCCAAGAACUUUGGCUGUGGCAAGCAUUACAUCCAGUCGUCCUUUGAGCAGAUCAUUAAGUCAGAACGAUCCAUAAAGUAUUACACCCAGUCAGGCCCACCUAAUAUAACCAACAAUCUGCUGCCGAAGUCGACCUGUGACCGCCUGAUAACACUCUACCUGCACACGUUCGAGUCAGUCUUCCGAGUGCUUCAUAUUCCGACCUUCAUGCAACAGUAUGAGUUGUACUGGAACAACCCGCUGGGUACAAGCCGGGCCUUUCCCUCCACCCUUGCCCUUGUCCUGGCCAUCGGGGCCUGCUUCGUCUCGGACGCCGACGCCGAUGAGCUACAGCUGUUGGCGUCCAAGUGGAUCUAUGGGGCGCAGUUCUGGCUCACCGACAGCUUUGAAAAGUUCGACAUCGAUCUGUCCAUUUUGCAGGUCUCGGCCUUGCUGCUGUUGGCGCGCCAAACACUCCCUGACCCAUCCGAGUUGGUCUGGAUCUCAGGCGACUUUCCCCUGCGCAUUGCUGUCGGACUCGGCCUACACAAGGAGGCGCGAAUCCAUUUCCCGGAUUUUCCGCCCGUUGAGACCGAGCUCCGGAAACGCCUGUGGGCUACCAUUCUGGAGAUGUCGAUCCAGUCAUGUCUGGACACGGGUAUGCCACCGUCCAUCUCCAAUGAUGAUUUCGACUGCGAGCCGCCAUCCAACAUCCAUGAUGUCGAUGUCAGCAAUCCAUCAGCUGCCGCGGAUACAGCCAACUCCUUUACCCAAAGCACCAUCCUGCGUAUGCUGAUGCAGACCAUGCCAGUGCGGCUGCAGAUCCUCCGGUAUUGCAAUGCCCUAAAGAAGACCCCGAGCCAAGAUUACCAGGGGAUUCUGAAACUGGGCAUGCAACUGGAUACCAUGUGCCGUUCUCAUACUGCGAUGCUCCAGUCCUAUCAGAUGGGUACCAAUUCCGACACGCCGAAGCCAACUGAAUUCCAGAUCCAUGUUCUGAACAUCUUGGCUCGUCGCUUUCUACUGGCGUUACAUUCUCCGUUCGCGGUGGAAGCAAAGGCGGAUCAGUCAUUCUAUUUCAGUCGCAAAGUGCUCACUGAGAAUGCACUCCUUUGCCUAUCCCCUCCGCAAACGGUCCAGCAUGCGCCGCUGCCCUUGGGUUCCUUACCGGAGUGCCAACAUGAGCUCCUCAGGUUAAAGGUGCGUGGUGGCGACAUCAUCAAGCACACACUGUGCCACGCUACAGCCAUCCUCAUCAUUGAACUUAUCACUGAAUUGGAGGAAAAUGCCUUUCCCAUCACGCACAGCCUUUCGCAGGACCUAUUCUGCCACACCAUCGAAGAGUCAAUGGGCGUCUUCAGGCGACGAAUUCAGGCUGGAGAGACCAGUGUCGAUAUCUAUGUUCUGUUUUCCUGUGCCAUGGCACAGGCCAAGGUGAUAAAAGCCGGACUGGCGCCAGAGCGACAAAUUAUCGAAACUGCCAAAGAGAGUUUGGUCUUCUGCUGUGAACAACUCAAAUUCAAAGCUCAAACUAGCGCGCUCAGCUUUCUAGGAUUGGCUCCAAGUCUGCAGUUAGCAUUGGAGAAUGACCCCGGGGGUUUGAACUCGUGGGAGAGCAUGGAGAUCCGCUUCCUACCAUCGAUCCGGCCCCCAACGCAUCCUGAACACGCCCUCGACAACCGCAAUGAUUUAUGCCAUUGA